AAAACUGGAAAUUGCAAAGAGUGAUUGAACGGCCCGGGGCCACUGUGUGUGUAUAAAAGGAACGAGGAUGAAGCAAACACAUAAUUCAAAACACGAACCCAUUCAAACAAAAAAAAUGGCAAAUCUCCAAACGAUGCUCACUUGUUCAUCAAUUCUAGCCUUUUCUUUUCUUUUCGCGGCGGUUUCCGGCUAUUCCCAUGAAUAUUGGUGUCGUCAAACCCCUUAUCCUCGCCAGUGCGAGUACUAUUUGAGAGAUUAUCCACCUAUAAAGAGCAAGUCAGAUUUCGUCAAAAUUUCUUUGGAAGUGGCCCUUAACAACGCCAAGCAAGCUAAAGCCCACACCAAGUCCUUAGGCCCUAAAUGCCACAACGUGCGUGAAAAGGCUGCAUGGACGGAUUGCUUAGAGCUAUACGAGAACAUGGUCGAGAGGAUCAACACGACCGCUGAUCCUCCCACCAAGUGCAGUGCAUCUGAUAAGCAAACUUGGCUCAGUUCCGCCUUGACCGACUUCGAGACCUGUUUGAAUGGGUUCUCAGACCUAAACGUCACGGGCAACAUAUUGCUCGUGUUGUCGUCAAACAACGUGUCGUGUUUGAUUUGCAACGGUUUAGCCCUUAACAAAGAUCACACAACUUUUGAUGAUACUACCACGUAUAGAGAUGGUUUUCCGGCUUGGGUUAAGCCGGGAGACCGGAAACUGUUGCAGUCGUCAUCAGCGGCGUCGCAAGCCAAUAUUGUGGUGGCGAAAGACGGGUCGGGGAACUAUAAGACGAUUAGCGAAGCUGUAGCUGCGGCGGGGAAAAGAUCCGGAACCGGGAGAUACGUCAUAUAUGUGAAGGCCGGAUUGUAUAGUGAAAACGUGCAAAUUGGGAGUAAGUUAACCAAUAUCAUGCUACUAGGCGAUGGAAUUGGAAAAACAAUUAUCACGGGAAGCAAAAGUGUAGGAGGCGGCACAACUACCUUCAACUCGGCAACUGUUGCUGUGGAGGGAGAUGGAUUUAUUGGUCAAGGAAUAACAUUCAGAAACACCGCCGGAGUUGCGAACCACCAGGCGGUUGCCCUAAGGUCCGGCUCCGAUCUCUCGGUGUUCUACCAGUGCAGCUUCGAAGGGUACCAAGACACUCUCUAUGUUUACUCUGAUCGACAGUUCUACCGGAAUUGCGACAUUUACGGGACGGUAGACUUCAUAUUCGGUAACGCCGCCGUCGUCAUCCAGAAUUGCAACAUCUAUGCCCGAAACCCUCCUGCCGGGACCAACACGAUCACCGCCCAGGGCCGGACCGACCCGAACCAGAACACCGGAAUAUCCAUCCACGACAGCACAGUCGCGGCAGCUUCUGGCCUGUCGGGAUCCGCGAAGACGUACCUCGGACGGCCGUGGAAGCAAUACUCCCGAACCGUGUUCAUGAAGACUUCCCUGGGUAGCUUGAUUGCUCCGGCGGGGUGGUUGCCGUGGAGCGGGACGUUUGCUCUGAGCACUCUCUACUACGGCGAGUAUGCCAAUACCGGGGCGGGGGCGUCGACGAGCAACCGAGUGAAAUGGGCCGGGUAUCACGUGAUCACUUCCGCAACGGAGGCUUCCAAGUUCACCGUCGGCAACUUCAUCGGCGGUGGGUCGUGGUUGCCCGCCACCAAAGUGCCGUUCACUUCUGGCCUCUAAGCUCUAAAUUAAAACGGCGUUACAGAUGCAUGAACUUUUUUCGCAUAGUGUCGUCCGAUCCCUAUUUUUCGUAUUAAUGUUGUAUACAGAAUAUUUAAUAUCGGAAAUUGCAAAACGUCUGAAUAUCUAGUACCCAGUACGACGUAUAUAUUCUCGUCGAGUGUAUAUAUACUUUGAUAUUUCAAAGUAUCGGAAAUAAAUUCUAAUAUAAAUUUCUUACAUCGUCUUACAUAAAAUAUUGGACAAAAGCUUGUCUAAAAAAAUUAUUGGAUAAAAGUAUAUACCCCGUAUUAAUUGUUGUUGUAUACUAUACUAACCAAUUCCAAUGUGGUCACUACACAUUAAUUGAAUUUUUUGUGUUGUCAAUUGCUAGUAAUUAAUUUGAUAUAGAUCGAUUUUUCGUUAUUUCUAAAAUAUAUUGUAAUUAAAACAUGUGAGGAUAUAUAUGUUAGGAUAUAUAUACGAUAGUAUGAGUUAAUUAUUAAAAUAGGAAUAAAAAUCACUCACUUUGUACAAAUACGAAUUAAAAGUUAACUAUGUUUUCAUAGGACUAAUUAUGUGUGUCUUUCACAAAUAUACCCAUAUAGCUAUUGAAAUGUUUUAAUUCAUAUUAAAAUAAUAAAAAACAAUAAAAAUUCGUAAAAAAUACUUAAAAAAUAAUAAAAAUAUUUCGAUAAUAAUAAUUUAUUUAUUUAUUUUCAAAAAAAAAUAAAAUAAAAAAUAAAAAACUCAAAAAAAAUCACCGCCGCCUAUGCACCACCACCUCCAGUCACCAGGGGAAAAAAUGCCAAGUUCAUUACGAUCGUCAUAUUUUCAAAUAUGUUGGCAGAAAACAAUGAAAAUGUUGG